GCAUCUGGCAACGCUGCUACGCUCCCGGCCUGAAAUAAGCCAAUUUUGUAUUUUAGCCCAAUAAUCUUGGUUAAGACCCAACCCGGGAUUAAAAAGUGAUCAAUUCAGCAUGCCUACCAUUGGAGUUAAACGGGAUCUGCUCUUCGAGGCGCUGGGCAAGUCGUACACCGACGAUGAGUUCCAGGAUCUGUGCUUUGCCUUCGGACUGGAGCUGGACGAAGUGACCACGGAGAAGCAGAUGCUGACCAAGGAACAGGGCGAUGUGGCAGCUGCGGCGAAUGCCAGCGAGGAGAUCAUCUACAGAAUCGAUAUUCCGGCCAACCGGUACGAUCUGCUGUGUCUGGAGGGUCUGGUCACGGGUCUGCUGGUGUUCCAGGGCAAACUCAAACCCCCCAAGUUCGAGUUUGUGGAGCCCGCGAAGAGGCAGGUGCUCAAGAUUCAACCUUCAACGGCCCAAAUCCGUCCCUUUGCCGUGGCCGCUGUGCUCCGCAACGUGACCUUCACGCAAGCCUCGUACAACAGCUUCAUCGAUCUGCAGGACAAGCUGCACCAGAACAUCUGCCGCAAGCGCACGCUGGUGGCCAUCGGAACCCACGAUCUGGACACUCUCAAAGGACCCUUUAGCUACGAGGCACUGGCGCCGGAACAGAUCAAAUUCAAGCCGUUGAAUCAAACCAAGGAGAUGAACGGCAGCCAGCUGAUGGACUUUUAUGCCACGCAUGCCCAGCUGAAGCAAUAUUUGCCCAUCAUUCGGGACUCCCCUGUUUAUCCGGUGAUCUACGAUGCCAAUAGAGUGGUGCUUUCACUGCCUCCCAUCAUCAACGGCGAUCAUUCCAAGAUCUCGCUGAAAACCAAGAAUGUGUUCAUCGAGUGCACGGCGACGGAUCGCACGAAGGCCAAGGUGGUGCUGGACACCAUUGUGUGCCUGUUCUCCGCCCACUGCGCCCAGAAGUUCACCGUGGAGCCGUGCGAUGUGGUGCAGCCGGAUGGCAGUGUGAUUUCCUACCCGGAAUUAGAGGUUCGCGAGGAGCGGAUCUCGGUGAAGAAGGCAAAUGCCUACAUUGGCAUUGAGGAGCCGGCGGAGAAGCUGGCCGACAUGCUGACACGCAUGUAUCUGGAGUCGAAGGUCGAUGGCGAUCAGUUGGUGGUGAAGAUCCCGCCCACGCGGCAUGAUGUGAUCCACGCCUGCGACAUCUACGAGGAUGUGGCCAUUGCCUAUGGCUAUAAUAACAUUAAGAAAUCGCUGCCUGCCUUCAUGCAGAUAGCCAAGCAGUUUCCACUCAACAAGCUGACCGAACAAUUGCGUGAGCAGGUGGCCCAGGCGGGCUUCACCGAGGCGCUGACCUUCACGCUCUGCUCGCGGGAUGACAUUGGACGCAAGCUGAACAAGAAUAUCGAUACCCUGCCGGCUGUCCACAUCGGCAAUCCCAAGACCCUGGAGUUCCAGGUGGUGAGGACGACCCUGCUGCCGGGUUUGCUCAAGACUUUGGUGGCCAAUCGUAAGAUGCCGCUGCCCCUGAAGCUCUUCGAGAUCAGCGAUGUCGUAGUGGCGGAUGACAGCACCGAAGUGGGGGCACGAAAUGAGCGCAGGGUGUGUGCCGUGAACUGCAACAAGACGGCUGGCUUUGAGGUGGUCCACGGUCUGCUGGAUCGAGUGAUGCAGUUGCUCUCUGUGCCCUGGAGGACUGCGAAUGUGACCAAGGGAUAUUAUCUACAAUCCGCUGAGGAUCCCAGCUAUUUCCCCGGUCGCUGCGCCAAUGUGAUGUACGACAACGUUGUCAUCGGCAAGAUUGGUGUCCUGCAUCCCACAGUGCUGCAAGCCUUCGAACUAACCACGCCCUGCUCGGUGGUGGAGUUCACCAUUGAGCCCUUCGUCUGA